GUUUAUGUUCGUGUUGUACUAAGCGACAAUAGUUCCCAAAAGUCUUUGAAUUCUUCCUUCAACUUCAAAAGUAUCCAAUGUCUGCUGUAAAGAUAUUCUCCAAAAAGUUCCAGUUUAUAAAUGAUGAACCGAAAGAAACUUUGAGCAUUGUUAUUCCAGAGUUGAUGGAUCCAAAUUAUGGUUUCUAUGUGUGGCCUUGUGCAGUUGUACUAGCACAGUAUAUCUGGUAUUUCCAAGAUCAGGUUGAAGGCAGAAGGAUAUUGGAGUUGAGUGCUGGGACUGCUUUGCCAGGAAUUGUUGCAGCCAAAUGCAAGGCAGAAUCCGUGGUUCUCAGUGAUAGUUUUUUAUUACCUGACAGUCUGCGACAUUGUAAGAAUUGCUGUGCUGCCAAUGAGCUGCCAGAUUUACCUGUUAUUGGUAUUACAUGGGGGCUUUUUUCACCUGACUUAAUAAAUCUUGCACCAGUUGAUAUCAUUCUUGGUUCUGACUGUUUUUAUAACCUGAAAGACUUUGAAGACAUUAUAGUAACUGUAUCAUUUAUUUUGGAGAAGAACAUUGAAUGCCAGUUUUGGUGCACUUAUCAAGAAAGAAGCUCAGACCAAUCUAUAGAACCUCUACUAAAACACUGGAAUCUGAAUUGUUGUCAAGUAUCUCUGGCUGAAUUCCAAGCUGAUGGUCCAGACAUUGCCAAUUCGGGCCUCCCAGGAAAUCAUACCAUUCAAAUGCUGAAGAUAUUUAAGAGAAAGCCUAAGAUUGGAUGAAGCUGCUUCCUCCAUACCCACUUCUGCAAAUGGUGACAUUUGUUGGCAUUUUCCAGCCAACAAACUGUCUGCAAGUUUUACUUGAAAGACAGACAAGGGUUAGCAACAAGAACAUCUAGCCAUAAAAAUCCUAUCCUUUUCUUCAUCAUCUAACCCAUGCUGGCAUGGAAAAAGAUGUUAAACCAACAAAUGAAUGAAUAUGACCAGGAUCUUGGAUUAACACAAUAUGUAUCAGGCUAUGGCGUUAGUGAAAAAGAGACAUUUAGGUAGGUAAGUACUAUGAAUACACUUGCUACAAUGGGGAAGUCUUGGAUUUGUAGAACAAAGAUAAUCAUUAAAUUAAUAAUGGAUAUGUUUGAAAUGAGGGGGGGAAAAAAAAAAGUGUCUAUCACCUGUCCAUUUCUUUCAAAUCCAAAGUGGCAGAAGAAUAACCAUUCAACUGUAAAAUGGCUUAAGUCCAACAGGUUGUCAGCAUUCAACCAUGAACAGGAUUAAGUGCCUGAAUCUUCUGCUUAACCAAUGGUAGUGACUAAUGUUGGAAUGUGCCUCAAAUAACAAUACAAGAGACUUCAGGAAUCAAUAAAGAAGCCUCUACAUAGUCACUGACCAGAUAGAUAUAGCUGCCAUAUCUCCCUCAUACCAUCUUGAAAGAAAGGAAGGAUAACAUAGUUUUGUGGAGGGUGGAAAUGAGGUCAUAGCUGGAGCACUUUUAAGGUUAAAAAAAAAAACUGAAAUAAUGAAAAUUGUUUGAAUUCAGCACAAACAUUUCUCAAUUAUACAAGCCCCACCUCCAAUUCCUUCCAUUAUUGUAGAUACCCAAUUUAGUAGAGUGCCUUAUCAACCAAGAGAUUGUUGACAACAGAUUAUGUACUGUCAGUGUGUUCAAUUUAUGAACAAGAUUGAACUUAUGGAAUUUAAUCUUGUUACUGUAAGGAGUGGGAACACUAUAAAAUUAAAGAGGAAUUUAUUGGUUUGUAGUGUUGAAUUCAAUUCCUUUCAUAAAAGUUACCUGGAAAGUAGACUGGUAUUCCAUCCUGGAGAUGCCUCCCAGCUCUGUGUACAAAAGAGGGCAGAUCCUUUAUACAUGGCUGCAUUUUUUUUUUUUUACUAGGGUACUUAUUAAUGACUAAAUAUGAAUCAAACCACCAUAUGUUUGGUGUUGUUACCAAACUGAGCAGUGCCGCUUCUAGACAUGGUUCAUGUAAUGUAACUUGGUCUUGUGAUAGACAUGUGUAACUGACUGCAUUAAAUGUCAAUGACGCUAGAUUUUUUUUUCUUGUCUACUACCAUACAGUAAAUAUGCCGUGAGGUUUCAUUGCAUUGGUAUGGCAGAACGUUUGCAAUCAGCAAGUGCUUAAGGAAUUAUGAGUAAUUAAAGAACAAAAAAAAGCAACACGUUUUACCUUGUUUUUAAUAUUUAUUAAAUUCUGGAUAAAAUUUCGAACUUUGUAUUUUUCUUCAGAAAAUUGAAGUUUUUCUAGUAAGGCAAUAAUUAGAACAAUCCAUUCAAGGCAGUCAUUUGUUUCUCUCCCACUCACCUAAUAAACAAAACAGUUAAAUAACAAAUAUAUCUAUA